UCUACACUCCAGGUCCAGCCUCCUACUCUCUGCCACCUGUGCUGGGGCACAAAACUGCACUGCCUGGACUCACAGGUAUGUCCAAAAUCGCCAUUAAGCCCUUUUUUUCAACACCAACACCAUUAUAAUUAUCAUAACUAAUAUUGUCUGUCCCUGAUUCAUCCAUAAAGGUAUUUCUAAGCAUGACCCCACUAAAUACAAAGCACCAAUGUUCAGUUUUGGGACGCGUCAUGAUACUGGCAGAUCUGAUUGCUCCCCUGGACCAAGAUACCUCAUUCCCUCCAACAUCACCAGAGAGGGACGAGAUGGCACUCCUGCAUUUUCACUCCACAGCCGUCCAAAACAGCCAGGAUUGUUCCAGACCCCAGGACCAGGCAAAUAUUCCCCAGAACAAUCAGGAAAGUUGAUCUUCCGCACAGCUCCUGCUUUUUCUCUCUCUGGGAGGAGCAAAGACUGACUGAUAUCUGACAAAACACCAGGUCCAGCCUCCUACUCUCUGCCCCCUGUGCUGGGGCCCAAAACUGUCUGCAAAUCUGCAGCUCCCACCUACUCCCUCUAUGGCCGCAGCAAAAAUGGAAGCUUCCAUGAGGACCUGAAGAAGACUCCUGGACCUGCUGCCUACAAAGUUGUGAACACUUGUCUUUACCAGAAAAAACCUCCCCAAUACAGCAUGACAGGCCGCAGUUGCACCACUUAUUGUAGAUGUGACUGAGUAAUGUCAUAUAGA